AUGCCCUCGCGUAGAUUUCACGGCAAGACGAGGUCUGGCUGUGCAUCUUGCAAGGCCAGACACGUGAAGUGCGGCGAGGAACGCCCAGUCUGCAAGAACUGCAUCAGGAGAAACACAUCCUGCGUCUAUCCGUCUGAGGGCUCACCAGAAUCGAACUCGAAGCCGGAGCGCACCCCGGUUGCCGCGGAAAGCGUGAAUGAUUCAUUCGACGCCCUUGAUCUCACACUGAUGCAUCGAUACUCGACUGUCACCUCGUUAUGCUUACUUCCAUCGAGUGGAGCUCAACGUGUGUGGCAGUCGGAGGUACCGAUGACCGCCAGAGAAUAUCCUCUGCUCCAGCAUGGAAUGUUGGCGCUGGCAGCAAUGGAUCUUGCGUGUGCAUCCGCUGAUGAAGGCGAGCAGGGUCAGAUGGCUCUUUAUCGGGCGAAAGGAUUGCAUCAUCAGCAACUCGCCUUGCCAAUGUUCCGAGCACUGCUCCUCCGGGAUGAACAUCGUGAGCAGAAUGUGAUCUUCAUCUUUUCAAUCAUGUUGGUGAUUAUGGCUUUUGCAUCUGCCCAAUCAGCUCCGACGCAACCAACUCUGGACGAGAUACUCGACAUGUUUGCCCUAUUCCUCGGGCCUCGAGCUCUAUGGGAGAUCCAUCAGAAUGGCGUCAACAAGGACAUUAUCCAAACGCUCUUCCCGAAAGCUUUGCCCGACCAACCUGAUUUGCCUGAAGCAGAGUACAUGAGUCCUGAUAAUCCCAUGAUUGGUGUCGAACAUCCAGACAUCGACGAGUCAUGCGCAGAAGCUGUCCGACAAAUCAGAUGGGCCUGGGCCAGACAUCGGAAUGACCAUGACGAUGUACGAGCAAUGGGAUGGUUUCCGGCCCUCAUGCCACAAGGAUUUUACGAGCAGUGCCAGGAGCAUAGACCGAUCGCGCUUGCCAUACUGGAUCUAUAUGCUUCCAUCUUGAAGCCUUUCCACAAUCGAUGGUGGAUAUCGUCAUGGCACACGAUUCUGUCCUCUGCCAUCAAGAACGUGGUGGCUAAUGAGAAGAUCCGGCUUCCGGUCUUGGUCGAUCCAUCGCGAAUGGGACCGUAA